GUCACUCCUCCUAAAAACAUUUACUAUGGCGGCAAGAACGAAAUAAUAAACUGAAGAAGAAAGGCUGCUAGAAGAAGGAAAUAUGGCCACUGCUAUAGAGAGAAAAUUUACUGGUUUGAGAAAACGCCUGGAUCAGUUAGGGUACCGCCAGGCACUAGGAAUAGAAUCCCUCCCACUGGUAGAGAGACUGUUUAAUGAUCUCCUUCACACAACUGAGAGCUUGAGGAACGCUAAACUACAGAUUACUAGAAGCAAGGAACAGAAAGGUUUAUGGGAGAAACAUGUAGAGCCCUACCAACAAGACAACAGUAGACUAACGCAAGAGAAUGUUGCUCUACAUCAGCAGAUCCUAGCACUCAAGGAGUCUCUGGAGCAGAGAACCAAAGAACUCAAAGUAUGCAUGAGGCGUCUGGAACACGAAAACGCUGACCUCAAGUUUCUCAACAACCAAUACAUGCAACGAAUCAUAUCGCAAGAGAAAGAAUCACAAUUGAAGUCUGAGAGGAUUCUCGAACUACAAGAAAAGAAUUCUCAAGCCGCCAUUAUUCAGACCCCAGGGGGGCGCAAGAAGACUCUACCCUAUCGUCGCCAGCGGAUGGAAAUGGAUUCUGUUCUCACUCCCUCGUCGUCCAAAGGGAAGCUCCUCCCUGUUCUGCCUGAGCCUGAUCCUCAGGUAGUUGAUCUUCUAAAGAUGGCGGAGGAAAAGAUGAUUGAGAUGCAGCGAUCGCUGGAUUCUAUUGGAAAGGAGAAGAAAGAAAUGAAAGACAGUAUAAAAGAUUUGAGAAGACAGGUUGAGAGGAGAGAGAAUGAGAUUGAGCGUCUAUCGGGUCAGUUAAGAGGAGGGCGUCCACCAGAGGCACUGGCAAUGGAGGGAAAGAUUGAGAGCAAUGAAAGAAUGACAGCUCAUCUUAACAUACAGGUUGAUUUCUUGCAGCAAGCUAAUCAGAAGUUAGAGGCUGAUCUUGCAGAAGCUAAUGAGUCCAAAACCAAAUUGCAAGCAAGAGUGAACGAUCUAGCAGGAAAGAAUGCUAAAAUAUGCUCAGAGCUUCAAGAAAUCAGUGAGAUGGUGAAAGAGAUGGAGAGGGAGAGAGAGGAGAGCGAGUCUUUGCUCCAAACGCAAAUUAAAGACCUACAGGAGAGACGUAAUGAAGGAGAGAAACAACUAAUACAAAUGGAAAGAGAAUUAAUGAAAAAUAAAGAGUCUUAUCAAGAGUUGCUGUCAGAUAAUAAGAAGAUGGCCGAAAUCCUCUCAAGCUCUCAGGCAGAUUGCAAUAGAGCAGCAUCGCUCAUUGAGAGACUCACAAACGAGAAUAACCAGUUGAGGAAACAAGCCAGACUAGCCAAAGAACCAGGUUUGGAUCAGUAUGGAUCAAUGUAUGGUGAUGUUGGUAAGGAGAGAGACCAGCUUCGGGAAACUCUUAGAAAAUUAGAAUUAGACCUGAAACAAUCGCAAGAUCAAGCUAAGGCCUUGGCACAAGACAGGGAUAACACCCAGUUACUGUAUCGCCAGGUCUGUGAAGAACUAUCUCGCUUUAAGUCACCAACAGCAACAAAAACCUCUGGCCCCCAUCCUCCUCUAACGCACCCUCCUACCUCUUCUCCUCUCCCUCCUCCUCCUCUUCCCUCCUCUCCCCUCCCUCCUAGUCUCACUCAUCAUGUGAGUAGGCUGGAGGGAGAGAGAGACGACGCCAGGACUGAAGUGAGGGAGUUGAGGUCCGAGUGUCAGAGCCUGAGGGAGAAGCUGAGUAUGAUCAGGGAGGAGAAAGGUGAGGUUGAGAAGGACAGGAAUAGAGAAGAGGUCCGUCAUCUGCAGACUCAAUUAGAAGAAUUAUCAAAAGAGAGAGAUAAAUUAAAGCUAAAGUCUGAGAGCCUCAGAGAGACCAUCAGUGGAUUAGAGAAGGAGGUUAUUGAAUCAACCAGUGCUCUGUCUUCAGCAAAAUCAGACAACAGGCAACUGAAUGGUAAAAUAAAACGUUUGCAAGGACUACUGGAGGCAUCUGAGAAUGCUAGGAAAGAAGAUCACACUGGACUACAGCAUCAGAUUUCAGAGACGGAGAUAAUAAUCAUUGAGUCCAAUAAGUUGAAGUCGAGGUUGUCACAAUUAGAGGGAGAAGUAGAGAAGAAGCAAGACAAGAUGGAGGAGCUAACCCAAUCACUGAAGGCACUGGACAGGGAACAUGACCUACUGAGGAGAGAGUGUGACAGCAAGGAUGAGGAAAUAUCAAAAUUAAAGAAUGAAAUGCAACAAAAAGACAGCAAGAAUGAACAUUACGAAGGUCACAUGACGCGUUUCAAAGCAUUUGAGUUUGAGGCACAAAAUGUUCUAGCAACAAAAGAAAAGGAGCUAGCACUCCUGAGACAACAGCUGUCUCACUGCGAGGAAGAGAAGGAGAGAAGAGAGGGAGAGAAUGCCAGCCUCUCUCAGAGCUUGAAGCAACUGAAGGAUGAUCUUGCUACGAUGACAAUGGAGAACCAAAGGGUUAAUGAGGAGCUACGCCGAGUAUCAAGCGAGAGGGAGAAACUGACAGUACAGGCCAAAGAGCAACAAGAAACACUUGUGAAGUACCAGGAAGAACUGUCUGUUAAGGAUCAAGAGAGGGUUCAGCUAUUAGAGUCAUACCAGUCACUAGCUAAAGAGGCCGAGAGAUUAGAACUAACAAUACAACAGGCAAAGUCCCAGCACUCAUCACUCGAUAUUGAAAUCAGCUCAUUGCAACAAGAGAAUAACCAACUGAGGGAACUCUGCCAGCAACACACUAGUGAGAUAUCACAGCACUUAGCAACGCUGGAAUCUUAUGAGUUGCAAAUGUCAAGUUUGACUAGUUCGCUGGCAAAAAUGGAGGAAAUGUGUCGACAAGAACAAAAUGAAAAGCAAGCGUUGAUGGGUGAUUUGGCAGCAGUGAGAGAGUUAUGUGUCCAAUUGGAUAAAACAAAGGAUUCAUUGACAAGACAGCUAGCAUCAGUAUCAGCAGUUGAUGAACAAACACACUCUGAAAUGAAUGACUUACUAGCUGAAAGAGACCUACUGAAACAACAAUAUAAUAAUGAACGAACCAGAGUUCAGAAUUUAGAAGUAUUGCUAUCAAAUGAAAGAAAAAAGGAAUUCAAAGCUCAUUUGGCUAAUGAAGAGAGAGAAACUGAAAUUAAUCACUUAAGACAACAAUUGACACGACUAGAGAAUGAAAAUGUUGCACAAAGAGAUCAGAUUAAAAGGUUACGCAGCGACCUUACAAUCAAACAAGAAGAACUGAGCAGAUUAACAUCCGAACAAUCAACACUAUCACUACAAAAACAAGAAACAGAGAAUCAGCUGUCAAGACUACGUACAGUAAUAUCAGCCUCUUCAACAUUAUCACCUAAACAAUCAUCACACGAGGUCACUCACUCAGUGUCAGCAUCUUCAAAGUCACAACCAACUGGUGUUGAAGAAGCUAUCUCUCGUGAAGAAGAAGAGUUAAGAGUAGAAAGUGCAAAGUUAAUUAGUGAAUUAUUAUCCCAAUCAAUGGAAAAGACAAAUAACAACUGAUAUAAUAAUAAUGACAAUACAUGUAUACUGCUAUAGU